GUUUGGUCACUGGCCAUGGUAGCCACAGAUCUCUGUCUUGGACCGAAGUCUGACCCAGAUUUGGAGAUACCUUGGGCACAACAUCCAUUUGGACGUCAAUUAUUGGAGUCCUUGCUGGCUCAUUACUCACAGCUCCACGAUGUGCAGACUCUGGCCAUGCUCUGCAGUGUGUUUGAAGCCCAGUCCAGGCUACAGGGCUGCCCCAGCUCCUACGGCACCUUUCCUCCACGUGCCUCCACCCUGGCCUCCCACAGCCGAUACCCCAGCUUCACUUCCUCUGGCUCCUGUUCCAGUAUGUCAGAUCCUGGACUUGGCACCGGAGGCUGGAGCAUAGCAAACAAAGACACGGAGCAGGCCUCCACUCCCUGGUGUGAGUCUUCCCCAGAUGACUUCCGCUAUGGGAACCUGCCCUAUCCCGAGCACCGGGAGCGCGAGAAGGACCAGCACGAGAAGAACAAGAGGCUCCUGGAUCCUGCCAACACUCAGCAAUUUGAUGACUUCAAGAAGUGCUAUGGAGAAAUCCUGUAUCGCUGGGGCCUGCGAGAGAAGCGAGCUGAGGUUCUGAAGUUUGUCUCUUGUCCUCCUGAUCCCCACAAAGGAAUUGAGUUCGGCGUGUACUGCAGCCACUGCCGCAGCGAGGUCCGUGGUACCCAGUGUGCCAUCUGCAAGGGCUUCACCUUCCAGUGUGCCAUCUGCCACGUGGCCGUGCGAGGCUCCUCCAACUUCUGCCUGACGUGUGGCCACGGAGGCCACACCAGCCAUAUGAUGGAGUGGUUUCGCACCCAGGAGGUGUGUCCCACGGGCUGCGGGUGCCACUGCCUGCUCGAGAGCACCUUCUGA